GUCGUCAUUUUCAAGCGACACAAAUCUGGAAAGCCAUCCUCAGUCUCCGACAUUGGGGGUCAGGGAGAUUUGUGAAUUUUAGUAAUGGCUUUACGGGUGAUCCGCCUGUUUGUACCGUCAGGUACAGCUGCUCUCAAGGCAAGAGGACAUAUACAGAAGGCAGGAGUCCACACAAGUACCGUAAACAACCUGGAAUAUGGCAUGUUGGCUUACUUAAUGGGUGAGAGGACACUCUCCAAGUUUACCAACAACAGCAAAAUCAUCACUGUCGAUGGCAACUUGGCUUCAGGAAAAGGGGCCUUAGCGCAACAACUUGCGGAGAAGUUGGGCAUGCUGUACAUGCCUGAGGCUGACAUUCACUAUCUGGACCGAAUGAACAAGGAGAAGGUUCCACUGGAGGCCAGAUUCAAUGGGAACUGUAGCCUGGAGAAGUUCUACAAGGACCCCAAGGCAAAAGAUGGCAACUCCUAUCGCCUCCAGUGCUGGAUGUAUCAGAUGCGGGUGUUGCAGUACGCAGAUGCAAUGGAGCACCUGCUCAGCACAGGCCAAGGGGUCGUUUUGGAGCGCUCUCCUUUCAGUGACGUGGUGUUUGUGGAGGCCAUGCGGAAACAGGGAUACAUCAGGAAACAGUGUGUGGAUCACUACGAUGAGAUCAAGGAGAUCAGCAUCUGUGAGUUCUUGCAACCUCACUUGGUUAUCUAUGUGGACCUGCCUGCAGAGGAGGUGCAGAAGAAACUAAAGGCUUCUGGCCAGGAUGUGCCCUUGCCAUACCUGAAGAGCAUUGAGGAGGCAUACAAAAAGACCUUUUUGCCUAGCAUCAGUGAGAAAGCAGAAGUUCUGGCCUAUGACGCCACACAGGGCCUGGAUAUUGUGAAGGUUCUUGACGACAUUGAGUAUCUGAAGUUUGAGAAAGGGGAUUGGGCUGAGCAGGACAAUGUCAACUACCAUCACAUGAGACUUUUGGUGCAGGACAAACAGAUGGUGGCUAACCUGACUUGUAUUGCUCGCUACCUGCCCGAGAUCACGGUCAGCGCUCACAAUGUGGAUAGCACAUACUACGCGUAUCAAUCGCUUCCUGGAAAGAGUUACGCAGAGGGCUACAACGCAGACAUGGGAGACAAGAACAUCCUGUUCAAGUGAGCAGCAGCAGAAUAAACCAGCAGAAGAGGCCAUUUUGUGAAUCGCACAGUACCAUCGGUGCAAGCAAGGCACUCGUGCUGGAAUACCAUGGUCAGACAAAGUCCGCACCACUUAAACACCUGUGUCUCAGAUUCACUGGGCCAAGAAAUGUGUUGAAGCGUCUUGUACAUUAUUAUUUGUUGGAAAAGAAUAUAUAUUAAAAAAAAUAGUCACCA